CUGAGAUGGCUUGCAACCAUAGCUGCCAUAUUCCUCAUUGUUGUGGAUAGAACCCACUGGAAGACUGAUCUCCUGACCGGGCUGCUGGUGCCUUACAUCUGGCUCAACCUUCCUCCAAUCCUCUUCGGCUUCUUCAGGUGCUAGUUUUCCAAGUUCUUCUACUUCGGUUUCACGAUUUAGUGUGACAGGGGCGAGGUCGGCAAGUGGAUUUCCCUCAUCACUGUUAUUGUCCGUCUCUUCAUCCCCCGAAAGUUCCCAGGUACUUGAACCAGAAAAGCAUUCAAGUUUCUUGAGUUUUGAGUUCUUGUAACCUUCGCAGAGGAAGCGGAGCUGCCCGUGUCACUCAUCCUCCUCAUCGUCGUUGCUCCAAACCUCCUGGCCAACUCGGUGAGGAACAGCUUGGCUGGGAUAAUCGUGAGCUUGGCAAUCGGCUGCUACCUCCUCGUCCAGCACAUCAACAAUGCCGGUGGCUUCCGCAAGGCGUUCGCCGCCCAAAACGGCAUCCCAAACACCAUUGGCAUCCUCCUCCUCUUCGUCUCGCCGCUCUGGGAGAUCUUCCACCACUACCUCUGAGCUUUGUGUAUAUAGCCCAGCAAGAGCUCCUCUUGGCUAUGCAAUAAGCUCUUUGGGUCGAUCACUUGAUCUCUUUUCUAGCCAUCGUUGCUUGAGAGCUUUGAUCUGGAAGUAUUGCUCGAGACCACCAUGAGCUUCGUUCUCAAAAUAGUCAAACUUGCAAGUUGUUAGCCUCCCACGUUUUAAAUGGUUUAUGCUCGGGGGUGGAGGAGGGCUCCGUGAUUUCGAGUGGCAGAGGCUCUUGAGGCUUGUUGGUGGCUCCAGGGAUUUGGAAAGAGCGAGAGAGCUCCAUGGCGCCAUUCUCGCCUCUCGCAGCGAGCAUGAUGACAGCAGCCGGGGACCUUUUCUCUCGAAUCUGGUGCUCCAAAUGUAUGGCAAGUGUGGAAGUGUGGAAGACGCGAAGGUGGUGUUCGAGAACACGGCCGCGCGGAACAGCUUCUCGUGGACAAUGCUCGUUACUGCAUAUGCCCAGAAUGGGUAUGCGUGGGAUGCGUAUAGAUUGCUGGAAUUGAUGCCGGAGAGAAAUGUUUUGAGCUCCACUGCUGUGUUGAAAGCUUUCUCUGGACGCGGGCUUUGGCUUGAGAGCAAGGCCCUCUUUGAUCAUAUGCCCGAAAGGAACGAAAUCGCCUGGACUGUCAUGGCUGAGGCAAAUGCCCAAAUGGGGCAUUUUCUGGAAGCGAAGAAAGCGUUUGAUUUCAUGCCACUCCAUUGCGUUGUGUCUGCGACAACAAUGAUAGCUGCUUUUAGCAAGCACGGUAAUGUACCUUUUUGCAAAAUGGUUUUCGAUGUAAUGCGCGAGAGAAACUGCCUGAGCUGGAUCACUCUCUCGGAUGCAUUUGCCGAGAACGGGUAUUUUGAGGAAUCUCUUUCGGUAUUCAAGAGCAUGCCAAUGUGGGACAAAGUGUCAUCAACCGCAAUGCUCAAGUCGUGUGUUAAGCACUCUAAGCACGAUCUGGCGAAGAUGAUCUUUGAAACCAUGCUCUACCAGGAUCACGUUGCGUGGACCACGAUGAUCAUAGCAAAUGCCCAAGCGGGGCAAAUGCUUGCCGCGAAACACGCCUUCGAUUCCAUGGAGAAGCGUGAUCUUGUCUCGUGGACAGCAAUGCUGGCGGCGUUUUGCUCCAACGAAGACAUCUCCGCCGCGAAAAAUCACUUUGAUCGAAUGCCUAAACACAGUGUUGUUGCGUGGAACGAGCUUGUCAAAGCGACAAUCACCGCAGGCAUGAUCGAGGAGGGGCGGGCGCUCUUCCACCGGAUCCCACAGCCGGAUUCCUUCUCCUGGACCUCUGCCAUCGCCUCGCUCGCGCAGCGCCGCCACUUUGCCGCCGCGGAGGAGCUCUUCGCCGCCAUGCCCGAGCAGCUUAAGGAUACUGUCGCCCACACGGCGAUGCUUCGAGCGCUGCUCUCUUCCGGCGCGAUCGAUCGAGCAAAGGCCGUGUUUGAUGCCAUGGAGAGGAGAGAUGGGGUGGCCUGGGCGACGAUGCUCCAGGGAUUCGCGCAGAGAGGUCGUAGAUUUCUGGAAGAUGCCGAGAGAGUGUUCUUGGCGAUGCCUUGCAGGAAUUCUUUCUCCUACACGACGAUGGUGGCGGGGUUUUGCGAGGCCGACCGGAUCGAGCAAGCGCAGAGCCUCUUCUGGGCGAUGCCGGAGAGGGACGUGGUGGCCUGGACGGUGCUCCUGGCGGCGAUCGGGCGGGCGGAUCAUCUGCCUCUCUCGCGGGUGAUGGAGCUCUUUGAUUCCAUGCCGGAGAGGAACGUCCUCUCGUGGAAUGCUCUGCUGGGCGCUUGCUCGCGCGGCGAGAGGGACCUCGAUUGCGCCAGGAGCGUCUUCCUCGCGAUGCCGCAACGCGAUCGGGGCUCGUGGGUCGCGAUGAUCGCUGCCGUCGCGCAGCUCGGCGAUCUCGAGGAGGCGCGCUCGAUCUUCGACGAGGCUCCGGAGCAGGCGUCGGGGGCCUGGGCGGCGAUUGUCCAGGGCUACGCGAAUCGGGGGCAGCUGAAAGAGGCGAGGAGGAUCUUCGAGCAAAGCGCUGCUAGCGAUCGAUCGCCCAUAGCCUGGAACGCCUUGAUCGCGGCCUACGCAGAGAAUGGCAACCUUGGCGAGGCGAGGGCCCUCUUCGACGCGAUGCCGUCGGAUUCCCGCGACGCGGCCACGUGGACGGCCAUGAUCGGCGGGUUCGCCCAGCGCGGGAAUCUUGAAAUGGCGGAAGAGCUCUUGGAGAAUAUACCACCGGGGUUUGAAACAAUUGGCGCCAAGAACGCAGUGCUCGCCGGGCACGCCCAGAUCGGCGAGAUGGAGCGAGCUCUGGAAAUCUUCCAAUCCAUGGAAGAGAAGGACGCAGCUAGCUACACGGCAAUGGUGGCUGGAUUCGCCCGCGCGUCCAAUCUCGGCCCCGCGCGCGAGCUCUUCGAUCAAACACCCCACAAAGACAUCGUCGCGUGGAACACGAUCCUCGCGGCUUUUGCCCAGGCCGGGCAUCUCUCGCAAGCGCUGGAGAUCUUCGACAACAUCCCGCGUCCCAAUCUCACGUCUUGGAACGCGAUCAUCGCCGGUUUCGCUCACUCUCACUGCGGCCAAUCUGCGCUCCAGCACUUCCACUCAAUGCUUCUCCACGGGAUCAAAGCCGACGCCACCACCUUCUCGGGAGUUCUUCGCGCUUGCAGCCACACUGGCUUGCUCGAGGAGGCCUCGAGCUACUUCGUGCUACUGGCGAGAGAUCUGGGGGUGAGGCCCGGCCGCGAGCAGUACCAGUGGAUGGUUGAUAUCGUGUCGAGGUUGGGCCAGCUCGAGCUCGCAGAGGAGCUCAUCAAAGCCAUGCCUUUCUUCCCAAACGAUGUUGCGUGGGGGUCGCUCCUCACUGCCUGUGGAACCCAGGGGGAUUUGGAGCGAGCCAAGAGGAUUUCCAGCCACGCUGUGGCUGCCGACGCGAAGAACUCUGGGAGGUAUGUCGCCUUUGCAAACGUUGUUGCCGACCAGAGCUGCUACGCGAAUGGAGGUGACUAGAAGCAAAAUCCAUUUUCUCGUUC